UGGUUAGUGGUCUGCGCAUGCGCAGCCUUGUAGGCUGUCUUCAGUGCCAUAGCAACCGGAGUGGACAUCAACAUGGCCAAAGCGACGACUGUGAAAGAGGCGCUGACCAAAUGGGAGGAGAAAUCAGGGGAGAAAGCGAGCGAGGCGCCGCACAUAAAACUGUUCGGUCAGAUUCCUCCUAUAGAGAAGAUGGAUGCUUCACUCUCCACACUCAGCAACUGCGAGAAGCUGUCUCUGAGCACAAACUGCAUUGAGAAAAUAACCAAUCUCAACGGCCUGAAGAACUUGAAGAUAUUGUCAUUAGGAAGAAAUAAUAUAAAGGCCCUCACUGGGCUGGAGGUAGUAGCUGACACAUUAGAAGAGUUGUGGAUCUCCUACAACUUGUUAGAGAAACUGAAGGGAAUCCAAUUUAUGAAGAAACUCCGAGUCCUCUACAUGUCCAACAACCUGGUCAAAGAAUGGGGAGAGUUUGUGAGGCUAGCGGACCUGCCAUGUCUUGCAGACCUGGUGUUUGUUGGAAAUCCUCUGGAGGAGAAGCAUUCAGCUGAGGGAACCUGGAUGGACGAAGCUUCGAAAAGACUUCCUAAUCUGAAGAAACUCGAUGGAACCCCAGUCAUCAAACAGGAAGAGGAUGAAGGAGAGGACGAGAACUGAGAAGCAUGACCUGGCAAAGCUACAACCCCCUUCCCUUACACUCUUCCCUUUUUAAAGUUUUAUAUGGUUUCUCAUGGUGCUUUUCUUUACAUGAAAUGGUUUUUGGACAGUGCACACUUUAUUGUGAUUUAACAAGCACAAAAUGAGGUUUUGAGUCUGUUAAAUUUAAAAUACUUCAGACCUUGUGGGUUUGGGACCAGAAAGAGGUUUACAAGUGCAACUAUGUGAUAGGCACAUUUAUACAUGAAAGGUAAUAAAGCUAAUACUAAUUAUUCUUCUUAACUGGAAAUGUCAAGUAACAAGAACACUAAAUUUAAGUGUUUUUUUAGAGUGUCCUUUUAUAUUUAUAUGCCUCUUUAUGUUCUAGAAAGAACUAAAGCGCAGUGUAGCACACACACACACACACACACACACUAGGGACCAGAGAUGAGCUCAAUGCAGCCGGACCUUCUCUAACCUAAUAUGAGUUGGCUGUAAAUAUCUAGCACAGUCCUCCCUCCAAAACAUCACCAUGGAGACAUGCCCAAAGCCAAAGAUGAGCUGGAUCAUGCUAAGCAGUGCAGCACAGCACUUUGCUCAGAACUGUGGAGCCAACAUGAUACCGACAGGACCAAAAUACAUCCGCUGCUCUGUUUGGUAUUGUGUUGUUUCAGAUCUUCCUGACUAUAUAAUACUGAGGACGUGGUAGAUCCAGACUUGGAACAUAUUCAGAUUUACCAUGAAUAUGCAUUUUGAUUUGAAGGAUUUGAAGGGCAGACAACCUGUGCUAUAUUUUACUGUCAGUUUUAAGUUUGUUUUGGGUCCAUAGUUUCCACAUUGUUCCUGCUCUCUAACACGGUUAAUGCAUGUGGCAUAUCUUUAUCAAUUAUCAGUAUCUGUGUUAAAUGAUUUUCAUGUUUUAAAGAUACAAUUAUGAGAUGUUUGUGAGAUGAGCGGCAAUAGCUCAGUCUGUAGGGAUUUGGCUUGGGAAAUCGGAAGGUGGUCCAAAGUGUGGUCCCCUGAACAAGAUAUCGAACCCCUAACUGCAUGCCCUUUGUUUGUGUGUCUGUGUCGUAUUUCAGGUAAAAUGCAUGUAAAAACUUGAGUGAAGUAAUAACAACAACGUUUCUAUUCUAUUUAUGAUUUUUAAAUGAUUUUGAUAUAUGAAAUAAACACUGUUUUGUGAGUAUACCAGUUGU